UAUGGGUGUCAAAGCAACAGCUGCGCGCCAUCAAAGCAACAAUUUACAUAAUUCCUCCAAAACGACAGCGAGAUAACGAAGAUUAAGAGUUUAGAUGACUUAAAAUCGCAUUUGAUGCUGUUGUCUAAGCACACGGGAGUUGUUUAAUAAGGUCAGUGAUAAGAGAGGAAAGGAGACGAUGAGGAGGAGGAUGUGGGGCGGGCUGAAGGGCUGGAGGCGUUCCUGUUGCCCUCCUCCUCCAGGGCCAGCAGACAGUGCGAACUUGAACGCUGACGGACACACGACAGUCGAGACACACAUACAUCACUGCUGUUUUAUGACAAUUUUAGGGUCGCUUUAGUUCUGGUGUAAUUUACGAGAAUCAGCAUUUGCCGCUAUGUCCAGGCGCAAACUCGGCAGCAGACCGCAACACCUGAGCGUAAUGGAAGACACUCUGGAGUCGGCGGUCAUCCCCAGCUCGUCCCCACCACCCGAGCAAACCCCUCAGCCUGAAGUUGGAGGCCGUGACCUGUUGACCUGCGGCCAGUGUGGUCAAGCGUUCCCGCUUGCCCACAUCCUUACCUUCAUCCAACACAAGCAGGGCGGAUGCGGCAGUGCCAGGGCCCCGCCUCAUAGCCACACCCCUCAGUCUCCAGCCAAUCGGAUGGUCCGGUCCGGUCAGGGGCCACCUGUGGAGGCGGGAUACGUGGAGCUCCGGCGAAUGACGGGCAGGACUUUGAAGGAAGAGCCAGGUGUGAGGGUGGAGGCGAAAAGAGCCGACGAACCAUCUAAUUUCACCUGCCAGGUGUGUCAGUGCAUGUUCUCCAGCGCAUGGGCUCUCCUCCAGCACGCUCAGAACUCACAUUCCCUCAUCAUCUACCAGGUCGAGGACGACAGGAUCGCACAGCCAUCAAAACCAGCAGCCAUGAUGGACCCACGUCACCUGGGCGCCGCUCUGGCCACUGCGUUCCAGCCAUCUUCCCAGCGACCGUCCCGCCCUCACAAGCCUCACAGCUCCACCCCAGCACCAGGAGCUCGCGACCUGCAGGGCCUGAACUUCUCCAUGUGUUUGCAGCGCCUGGCAGAGGUCAGCUGCGGUAACGGAGGAGCAGUACCCUCUCCGGCCCCCUCUCCACCAGCUGCGUCACCUUUUCCCCACUCCACUCCAUCACCCCACACAGCCUUCUCAUGCGAGGUGUGCGGACAGGCCUUUCAGUCUCUACGCAGCCUUUCCGCCCACCGGCGCACUCACGCCUGCGACAGACCCUAUCACUGCGGCCUUUGCCAGCUCACUUUCUCCCAGAGUGGGGAACUGGCACGACACAUGAGGAGCCAUCGCCGCACUGCUGGACAAGAGAUGUUUGAUUCCAUCCCUGCAAAUACAGAUGAGGACAGAAAGCUUUCUGGAACGGGAGAUAAUGGUAUUUCAGAGCAUCAGGGAGCUGGCAUGGAGGAAGGGAAGCACCCAGGAGGUACCAACCACAUCUUGAUGUCCUCGCAGUCCAGGGUUCCAGAUCGUAAUCUGCUGCGAUAUUACCAGCCUCAGCAAACCGCGGAUGAAGAAGGCCAAGGCGAGCCUCAGCAGCCUUCUCCUUACGGCAGCCCCUCGGAAGGCUCUCUGGAGAGCGGAGAUACAGGUGGAAGCGGCGAGAGUGGCAUCGCCAGCGGCAACUGCACACCUAAGCGGCCCGAACGAGAAGAUCGUCCUCAAGGCGAGUGGGAAACAGACAGAGAUGUAGAGGCUGCGGAUAUGGUCCAGGACUGGCAACGGCAGAACGCGAGACGGCAGGUCACCAGCGGAGGAGGUAAGAAGAAAAAGGAAGAGGCGUGCGAGUAUUGUGGCAAGUGUUUCCGUAACAGCAGCAACCUGACGGUGCACCGGCGCAGCCACACCGGCGAAAGGCCAUAUCGCUGUGGCCUCUGCAGCUACGCCUGCGCGCAGAGCAGUAAGCUCACCCGACACAUGAAGACGCAUGGCGCCCGGGGCACGCGCGCACCCUUCCAGUGCCAGCUGUGCUCUGUACCCUUCACCGUUUAUGCCACGCUGGAGAAACAUCUGAAGAAGGUGCACGGACUCACCCACGCUAGUGCCGGGGCUUAUACCCAGAGCCCACUCGCUGACAGUGUAAUCAAAAUGGAGGAAGACUCCAUCAACGAUCAGUCAGGAGCCCCCGUCACAGAAUCCAGUGUGGACGUUUGCGAGAAGCUCAAAGAGGAGGACUCUGAGAUGGGGCUCAGCGCUAAUCUCGAUGAACCUCUUACCUCCGAGGAAACCGGCAGUAAUGUACCGCUAGGGAAAACCACGGUAUAAAAAUAGUUCUGCACUUGACCAAAGUUACCAAGUGUGAAGAUCUUGCCCGCAGUUUAGCAUAUGCAUUCUAAAGUGUGAACAGACCUCUAGGACACAUUGCUAAUACUGACUAAGACAUUUUAGAUUAAGUGCCUAUAGAUAUACUAUUGGUUAAUACUGACAUACAAUAUCUAAGGAACUAAAGAACGUGAGUUUGGCCCAUUCACCAAUUUUUAAGACUUCUAUCAGCACUUCCUUCUUCAUCGGGAACACAGAGGAUUCCAGCUUAGAGUAUAUGGAGAUGCUUUUUGAGUCAUUUGAGGUUUCCAAAAGUCUCAAAAGACAAUCAUACAGGAAUAUUAGCGAGACUGAUUACCUGGACAUGUUGUGUUUACACUGUUGUGGCACUCUACCACAGAGCCUUAAAGGUUCAUGUUUUAUAAAAAUCUAAGACAAAUGUAUAUUGUCAAACAUCGUGCACCAAUGAGAGCAGACUUUGGAAUACAGAUUUCUGUGCUAUUUUUUAUCACAGGGUAGUUUGCGAUUUGUGCUUUCUUAACUAUCUGACAGGGUCAUGUUAUCGGUUUGUGUGAUACUGGGGGACUGAUAGGGUCUGUGGCAAUACAUUUUCACUGUCAAAGAACAUUUUGUCAUUUAGUUAAGCGGAGUUACUUAAAAUUUUGUAAAUAUUUAUUUUAGAUGGUUUAGAUGUUUCGCUCCAUAUUUCGCCAAAAUGGCAUUUUGGUUUAUAUAGCCACGCUUGCGCACAAAAACCAGUCACAUUCCAUUUAUUUUGUUGUAUUUCGUGAGCCUGGUUUGUGUCUGCUUACAGACAUUUGUUUUACUGCCUGAGCACAUACAAAUGCCAUGAAUCGUCUGUUCAUUUUGGUGUUUUUUUGUUUAUAUGUUCUGCAUGUUUCGUGGUUGUGCAAAUGAAAGGCCUUGUUUUGAUAAAAGAUUGGGUGGGGAACUACAGCACUGACCUGUUGAAUGGUAGACCCACCAAGAGAGCACUUGUGUGUGUGUGUGUGUGUGUGUGUGUGCGUGUGUGUGAGAGAGUCCAGAUAUAUUAUAAAUCUAUACAGGGAACAAUUGCUUUGUUACAGUUUUUAAUGAUUAUUGUCUGGCAGGGAACUGUUAUGUUACAGUCUAUAUUUGCGUGGAAAAAAACUUUGUAGAUUGAAAAUCAAAAGGGAGUUUUUGUAUCGACAAAUGUGAAAAAAACAAUUGGACAUGCACUCGUGUCCGUCUCUUCAGGGAGCAGUGAAUUGUGAACAAAAGCUCUUUUUCCCCCUCUGUGACUAAUGUAUAUUGUAAUUAUUUCUGUUGAUUCAGAUGUCAUGUCUAAUGUUAUUCUCCCAUCUUUGUAUAUGUAGGCCACAACUUUGCUGUCUUGUAAACAUAAUUUUUUAUUUCUAUGCAUAUUUGGAUUCUAAUUAAAAGACUGAGGCAAAGUCAAAA